CAAACAAGACGGCUAGCUGAUGAAUUGAAAAUGUUUAACGUUGAAUGCCACUCCGGUGAUUUGUCAUACCGAGACAGAGAACGUUUGAUAACAAAAUUUCAACUUGGCCAAACGAAAUUCAUUGCUGCAACUGAUGUUCUGCAAUAUGGAAUAAAUGGCUAUAAUAUUCGGGCUGUAGUGAAUGUGGAGCUAGCAUUGGGCCAAGAAAAGCGUCCAGAUAUGAAACGUUACUACCAUAGAGUAGCACGCUGUGAUCGAUUUGGUAAUCCAGCAGUGGCUAUUUCAUUCGGUACGAGUGAGCAAAUUAAGGAGUUUGGGAACAUUCAAAAACAUAUAUUCAAAUUAUAGUUCCAGAGCAAGUCGGCUUUCAAGUUAUUUGAUGUGACUGUGCAAUGUUUACACACAUAUAAUUGA